AUGACUACAACAGCACCGCCAGAUGGUCGAAACGUCAAUGGCGAUGCGAGAGAAGCCUUGGUAGAAUCCGCGCCACGGCCGACGACCACCGCCACAAGCGACAACAAGAAUUCUGGUCUUACAUCUAACUCGGAGCUACAUGGCUUCAAGCUUUACAUGAUUCUUGUGGGUGUCUGCUUCGGCGCCUUUGUCAUGGCUCUCGAUGUCUAUGUCAUCGGAACGGCCAUUCCGUCUAUCACGUCCGAGUUCCACAACACAUCGCACAUAUCAUGGUAUCCAGCAGCCUACACCUUGGCAGUCUGUUCGCUCACCCCCUUAGCGGGCAAGAUGGCCAGUGUCUUCUCUCUCCGUUGGGUCUACCAAGGCUUCUUCUUUGUCUUUCUCGUCGGCAGUGCCAUAUGUGGCUGGGCCUCCACAAGUGAAGUCUUCAUCGUUGGCCGCGCUGUCUCUGGCAUCGGCGCAGCUGCAGUCACUAGUGGAGGUCUCACCAUCGUGUUGGUGAUCUCUUCGCCUCGGCGUAGGCCGUUGUUCAUUGGCCUCUGCAGUAGCUGCUUUGCCCUGGGUCUGAUUCUCGCUCCCAUCAUAGGCGGCGCUUUUACCGAGAAGGUCACCUGGCGUUGGUGUUUCUGGAUCAACCUACCUGGUGGCGCCAUCACCCUGUUCGCCAUGUUCUUCUUCUUCAAGGUGCCGCCACGGGAAGGCGGCUCGAGGAGCACGAUGCAGAAAAUCCGGAGCCUGGAUCUCGUAGGAUCUGUUGUUUUCGUCCCCAGCAUUUUCAUGUUGAUCCUCGCGCUGCAAUGGGGCGGAAAUGCGCACGCUUGGAACUCGGCAACCAUUAUUGGCCUUUUGGUCGGAUCUGUGGUCAUGCUGGGCCUCUUCUCAUUCUGGGAGUCGCGCUUGGGGGACUCGGCCAUGAUUCCUGGUGUCCUGGUCAGAAGACGCACCGUCCUGCUAAGUGUCAUUUUCUCCUUCUGCCAUCUUGGUGCUCUAUCCGUCUCAUCCUAUUAUCUCCCGGAGUGGUUUCAGGCAGUCCAAGGCGCCACUCCCUUUGAGAGUGGCAUAAAAGUACUACCGUCAGUCAUCUCACAAAUCGUAGGAACGAUUAGUGCAGGUGCCAUUGCCCUUAAAAUCCGUUAUUACAACCCUUGGUUCUUUGUCGGACCAGUCUUGAUGUGCACCGCCGCAGCUCUGUACACUCAGUUCACUGUCUCCGAUACCCCAUCAAGCCAAUGGAUCGGAUACCAGGUUAUCCAGGGCCUGGGUGUCGGCUUCUCCAUGCAAAUGCCAUCUCUGAUGGUCCAAUUAGCGCUGAAAGACCGCGCCGAUCUCUUGCCCAUUGGCGUCUCGCUCAAUAUCUUCGCCCAGUUUCUCGGGGCUACUGUCGCGCAGGUCAUUGCCGGUGCCAUCUUCCACGCGCGUUUGGAAAGCCAGCUAGCCUCUCGAGCUGCGCUGAACCACGACCAGAUACAACUACUUUACCGAAGCGGUAUCGCAAAUGUGCGAGCAAUUGUGAACCAAUACUUCCCCUCGCUGUUUGACCCUAUCAUGGAAUCGUACAACUCUGCGAUCGCUCAGACACAUUUCGUCGCCGUUGCUUCAGCCGGUGUGGCUUUCUUCCUGGCCUUCGGAAUCCAGUGGAUGAAGAUUGAGGGGUCAGCUAUCAAGUUGGGCAACCAGGACAACAUGGAAGCAGCAAAUCCGAGCACCGAGGAGAAGCCAUCAGAAGCGAAGGGUCGGUGA